UCCUUUUUUUGAAAUUCUUUGCUCUGGGUACAGUAGAUCUCUGUCUGAUUUUUCCUUCCCUGGUAGCGGGGUGGCCCGGGAGGGACGAUCGUGACAGUGACGGGAAUGUUUACUUGUGCAGAAGUCUUUCUCAUGUGGAAGCACGCUGCUCCCUAACUUCUGGCUAAGCAGACUUCAGUUCACCAACUUUGCUGCCGCACAGCACGCGUAACUCCUUGGCAGGAUGGCAGAGGAAAGAACAGCUGGUGCAAAGCAAUAGGGGAUUCUUAGCGAGGAGAAGGAAGGAAGGAAGAUCACCAACCUUUCACCCACGGCUGUCAGAGCAGCAGGAACGGGACAGCUGAAGCCACCAUGCGCAGGUCCAGCACCGAUGAGUCCACCUAUCACAGGAGCCCUUCCCUGGACAGCAAGGAUUACAGUUUCCCAAAUGGCGCCUUCCGUCGAUACAGCAGCAUGUAUGGUGGCCAGUUUGGGGCUGCCAGCAACUCUUUUUUUGGAUUUCAUACCAACCCUGGCCCGAAGGCCACCAAGGCUAAGUACACGACCCCCAAGGGAAACAAGUACGUUGUCUUUUACCUGGAUCUCUCAUUUAUUUUUCUCCUAGAACUGAAGAGGUGCAGCAUGGCUCACAACUGCCUGCAGUGUAUCAAGUACCUAAUGUUUGUUUUCAACCUUCUCUUCUGGUUGGGAGGCUGUGGAAUCCUUGGUGUAGGCAUCUGGCUGGCUGUCACCCAAGGGAACUUUGCCACCCUCUCCUCUUCUUUCCCAUCCCUGUCAGCUGCCAACCUGCUGAUCGUCACAGGGACGUUUGUCAUGAUCAUUGGCUUCGUGGGCUGCAUAGGUGCCAUCAAAGAAAACAAGUGCCUCCUGCUGAGUUUUUUUAUCAUGCUGUUAAUUAUAUUUCUGUUGGAGCUCACUGUUGUGAUUCUGUUUUUCGUCUACACCGACAAGAUUGACAAGUAUGCUCAACGGGAUCUGAAGAAAGGACUUCACUUGUAUGGGACAGAUGGAAAUAUUGGCCUCACUAAUGCAUGGAGCAUCAUCCAAACAGAUUUCAGAUGCUGCGGAGUCUCCAACUACACGGACUGGUUUGAAGUGUACAACACAACCCGGGUGCCAGACUCCUGCUGCUUAGAAUUCAGUGAGAACUGUGGGCUCCAUUCCCCAGGGACCUGGUGGAAAGCGCCUUGCUAUGAAACUGUGAAAGUAUGGCUCCAGGAAAACCUACUGGCAGUGGGAAUCUUUGGAUUGUGCACAGCUAUGGUGCAGAUUCUCGGACUCACCUUUGCAAUGACCAUGUAUUGUCAGGUAGUCAAGGCAGACACCUACUGUGCAUAGAUACCAUUCCCAAUCUUUCUGCUUCUCCUCCAAAGGACACAGGAGAAAUCUCCUUCAUGCUCAUUCAUCUGACCUUUCCCCACCCCCCUUUGUACUAUAAACUGUGUAUAAUGCUAUCUUUCUGAAGAUUUUGUGAAUCACCCCACUUUACUGAAGGAGGAAGAAAAGAAAAAGUCAGUACUUGAACUGGCACAGGUAAGAAGCAGCCUUGUCUUUAAGCAGAGGAAAACCAAAAAAGCAAUGGUUCCUUUUCCAUGGCCUGUGGCAAGGCAAGAGAGGCUGCUUACAAGGGGCUGACUGCAAACCCAUGUUAAGAAAAGAUGGCACUGAGGCAACCUCUGUAAAAGCUGCCAGGCUGCCUUCCUGCAUUUCCCAGUCUGGAAGAGAGGACGUAGAAAACAAAUGUUCUUCAGCAAGAAGGUACAGAGUAGCUAGGACUGAAUGCAAUUGUAAUUUUACUACAGUUUGCACACAGCUAAAAUGUCAAGAUCAAGCAGCCCUGCCUCCAAGUGUCUCAAGAUGAUUUUGUAGCCAGGAGAGGAUCAUCUUCAGAAGUGCAUUGUUUUAAAGGAGUAUUUUUAAUCUUCUGUGCCGCAGAGUCAGGCUUUUAAUCAGAAUCUGUACAGCGAGAUCCUGGCUGUUAAUGGAAAACAAUAUUGGACAUUGCCUCACUUCCUAAUUGCCAGUGGCAUAUAGAUGGUUGACUGCAUAUGUUAUAUAUAUUACAUUCAUAAACACAUACUUUUCUGAAAGGAGGUGAAAAUACCCAGCAUCUAACCUCAGAAAGAGGAAACCUUUCUAUCCUAUUUUACAUUCCAACUGAAAUAACCAAGUAUUAUUUCUUGUACAAGGCACUAUCACUUAUACCUCUGGGAAACAAGUAAUUACUUUCAGCUGUAUCUUCAUUUCAGUAAACAACUUGUGAGUGGGCUCUCUCUGUCAGUCUACUAUGGUUUUAUUUAUCAUCCCUGUUUCAAGUAAGUCUGCCAAAAAAUAUCACUCAUUUCCAUGCUUGAAGAUGUGUACAAAGCUGUCAGCUGUUCCUUCCCUGAAUGUCACCAUUUCAUUAAUUUACUUUGGGAUAAAAUCAUCUGCAGGUAUGAUAGUGUUCGCCUUGCUGAGGAAAAAUCUUUUGCACAUUGCUCAUUUUUCUGAGAGUUAUUAAGACUUCAGAUGCUUUUAUGCUUACCUUUUUUUUUCCUCCCAGCUGCACGCUGACAACAGCCAAGAUACAUCAGUCUCUGUUAGAACUGGAGGCACUUCUCAGUGUUCUUUUUCAGAUGCAUUUUUCUUCACCUAGCUGCUGGUUAGAAUAUAAUCCACACUUUCUAGAAUAUCAUGGAAUUACAGAAAUAUGCAGAAAUCAAAACCAUUACUUUCCUUAACUAGGGAACAGCCACUCAUUGAUAACUGAAGUAAUUGAUGUAGUACCCUCCUAUGCACAUCUUCUGGUGAUGAGGUUAAAAAUCAGAUGUGUCCUAUUGUUCAAACAAAUAAUUCCCUGCCAGCAAACAGCUCCAGGUAGUGCAUAUGUGCCAGGGAGAAGCUGAAGCACCCCAGGGAAAGGCCACAGCAGGGAACAGGCAAACAGAGCAAUGCAGAUGGCCCUCUCCCUUCAGCCAGCAUUUGUGGAGCUCUCAGCCACUGUCACUUAGAGCAGAAAGGUGACUAUGGAGCUGUGUUUUCCCAGGAAGCUGAGUGCAGCCAUUCCUGCAGACUGGAAGCAUGCAGCAAGCUCACAGGGAAAGUUACCUUGCUUACAACAGCAGGUCUCAGCUCUGAGUGACAUUUUGCAUGCUUUGAUUUAAAGACAAUUUCCAGCACAAAACUGCACUUGCCAACACACAGCCUAUUGAACAAUCUCCUUUACACCCAUAACUAACCCUUUUCUGGACCUGCAUUAUUUGACAGAUUCACUCUCACUCAUCAGAUUUGGGAGAUUUUUUUGUCUCUGCUGAUUUCCUGCAGUCUUCUCACUCUCAGGCAUGAGCUACUCCAUAUUUUCUGGGAAAUUGCUUAGGACAGUCUGGUGUUUAAAAGAGCAAUUAUUUUCCAAAAUUUUACCCCCAUGGGGCAUUUAGCUGUGCAGGCUAAGGUAAAAGUAAUGUAAUAAUUCUGUGCAUUUUUUGUGGCUUCCCCAUCACUAUCACAGCAACCUCCCCACCACUAAAGGAUUUUACUGUCAUGCAAACAAGCCCCAACCGACCCAAGCUGAGCAAGUAGUCCACACACAAGUGCCCUGUGCUCCAAAGCAAGAGGCUCACUGGUGUUGCAGUCAUCACAGUAUCCCUGCUCUCUGCUUCUUGAGCCCAGGCUCACCUGCACACUGUCCUGCUCUCCAAAAGAUGGUGUAAGUUUGUUCCUUCCCUCUCUCUACUCUGUUCUUUUCUUAACCUGCACAGAUACAAUUCCAGGUUAGCUGUGCCAUUAGUUCUUGCCUUGGUUUAUAGUUUGUACACAGGGGUGCUUCUGCUGACAACUCAGAGUUUCUACCACUGAAAAGCAGCAUGACACAGUGAUGAAAACAUCCAUAAAACAUUGAUUUUUUUUUUUGAGACAGAUAAAAGGUAGACAAGUCUAUUUGUAGUGAUCCCUGCCAUUAAAAAUUAACACAGAGACAGCAGGCUGUUGAUGGUUCAGCUGAUGGGAGCAAACCAUUGUGCAGAACCCCCACAGAGAGCAACUCUUAUCAAUUUGCUUGGUGGUGGUGUAGAGAAAAGAGAGAUCACAGACCCUUCUCCUGUGAGUCUCACAGUAAUAUGUGCUGAGCUCUUAGAGAAUGCCUCUAGACUUCAGCUAAAGCUUCAGUGGAAACAAAAUAUGAGAAGCAGACUGGAGACAAGUCACAUUUUGUGGUUUCCUCUAAUCAUUUUCCACAGUUUAGGUGUCUUUACAAGAUAAACUUUUUUGGUUUUAAAAAACAAGUACCUAAAGGGAGUAUAAGCAACCCUCACGUUGUAAAUCCCAGUCACUGCAACAAAAACAUACAGUUAAGGGAAAAAAACCAAAACAGAAC